AUGGAUUCAUCUAUUUUAAAAACCAAUAAAAAGAAGUUAUAUAACGAAAACUAUGAAAAUGAUAAUCAACAGGAAAUUUUAAUUCAAGUUUUGAUGACUUGCUUAAGUCAAGCUCAACAAAAUGAACACUUCUACUCAAUAUCAAAAACUCAACAAAACUACAUAUUGAAACAUGUAUGGAGUGAAUUAUUUCUAUUAAAAAUAUCUUACUGGUCGAUUGAUAUUACAAAUGCAAUUGAAAGAUGUGGCUUUCAGCAUUUAAUGGUUUUAAUAAAAGAGUUGAGAGAAUUGAAUCCUGAUUUAAUGGAACUGUCAUUAUUAGAAGAAAUAAUUCUCUCGAGACCGGAAUAUGCAGUUGACGAUAAAGAACAUUUAAAUUUAAAACUCAAUUUAAAAAAUGCUUUGGAUCGAUUGGCCUCCUAUAUUUCAUCAAUACCGCAAACAUCAGAAGCUUCAUUUUUUACGAACUCGCAAAAAAUUCAUAAAAAAUUACAUGAAAUAGAAAUGUUAUUCGACAGUAGAGUGUCUUUUGAUGUUUCGUCAAAUGUUGUAUCAAAUGUUGCAAGAUUUGGAAAUUUAUUGAUUGCUUUGAAAAAUUUAUCUUUCGAUUACAGUAGGUUUAUAGGUUACAGGUGUGUUGAACUUCACUUCGUUGCACUUCGUUACGUUCAACUGUUUAAAGUUUACAGUGGGUUUAUAGGUUACAGGUGUGUUGAACUCCACUUCGUUGCACUUCGUUACGUUCAACUGUUUAUAGAUUACAGUAGGUUCAUAGGUUACUGGUGUGUUGAACUCCACUUCGUUGCACUUCGUUACGUUCAACUGUUUAUAGAUUACAGUAGGUUUAUAGGUUACAGGUGUGUUGAACUUCACUUCGUUGCACUUCGUUACGUUCAACUGUUUAUAGAUUACAGUAGGUUCAUAGGUUACAGGUGUGUUGAACUUCACUUCGUUGCACUUCGUUACGUUCAACUGUUUAUAGAUUACAGUAGGUUUAUAGGUUACAGGUGUGUUGAACUUCACUUCGUUGCACUUCGUUACGUUCAACUGUUUAUAGAUUACAGUAGGUUUAUAGGUUACAGGUGUGUUGAACUUCACUUCGUUGCACUUCGUUACGUUCAACUGUUUAUAGAUUACAGUAGGUUUAUAGGUUACAGGUGUGUUGAACUUCACUUCGUUGCACUUCGUUACGUUCAACUGUUUAUAGAUUACAGUAGGUUCAUAGGUUACUGGUGUGUUGAACUCCACUUCGUUGCACUUCGUUACGUUCAACUGUUUAUAGAUUACAGUAGGUUUAUAGGUUACAGGUGUGUUGAACUUCACUUCGUUGCACUUCGUUACGUUCAACUGUUUAAAGAUUACAGUGGGUUUAUAGUUGAACGUAACGAAGUGCAACGAAGUGGAGUUCAACACACCUGUAACCUAUGA